AUGCCGGCGCGGUCACUCCUUGCGAUGAGCACAAGGGUUGCUGUGCAGAAUGUUCGAAGUCUGACGGAUAUCGGGAAUAUCCCGUACUCGCUGGCGAGGCCGUUUCUGAUCAAAGUCGAGAGCCCAAAGCAGUUGCGAGAACUCGAAAAAAACUCGCCGCACAUAAUGCAAGACGACCGCGAACUCUGGCUAGAGUUUAUCAAACGCGACAUCCCCCAAUGGGAACAAUACGACAUCCCCUCCGAAUCCGACUGCUGGUACGACAUUUACCGCGACCUACUGGACCAAGUGCAACGCGAAGUCGAAGAAGGCGCUCUCCAACUUAAAGAAGCAGUCGACAAAUUCUAUUCCGACAAAGCCAGCAAUGCAGCUGUUCUGGUGCAGGAUGCGAGUCAUUUACCCAAGCCAAAGCGGAGGUUUCAUGCCAGCGGCAAUACAAGAUCGGAGCCGAAGAAGAAUAGUAUUUUUAGUAGUAAGAGGAAUAAGGUGCUGGCUGUGCCGACGCAUCAGUUGCAUAGUGGUGCGUCGAGGAUUAGUCGUGUGCCGCAGUGGUUGGUUGAUGAGCAUAAACAAACACCAACUACACCUACGGCGGCUGCGUCAAGACCGGCGUCCAAGGCUGCUACCAGCGGUAGCGGCGGACAUGCUCAAAAGCCAUCUGCACCAACAGUGUCUGCUCCUCGGCGACCUAUAAUAAAGCGACCAGUUUCAUCUACAUCAGCGAAUAGUGGGACGAAAACCGAACCAGCUCCAGGCAGCCGUCCUAUCGUGCCUCGGAAAAGAAGUCUCGACGGAUUAUCAGGUCGUGCCGAGUCAGCUGGAAACCCGCCUGUUCGCCAGUCACCAAUGUCACCUGCUGCGAAGCCUCUUGUUAGGAAGCGGCCUGCCGCGAGUCAGCCGAAUAUAUUCAUGCCAAAGAAGCGGAGAACCUGA